GAUGUCGCGAAUGCAGCAUGGGUAAUUAUUAUUGAUAGCAUUGGACCGGAAGUACAUGACCAUUUUCCAUCAAAGCGUCGAGUCACAGCAGAGUGGAAAAUAGUGGACACAAUUUGCCCACCAGGACCUCCAGGACCACCAGGUAGACCUGGAUUACCCGGACUGUAUGGCCAGCAUGGUCGGCCUGGAGCUGUGGGAUUGCAUGGUAUUGGCAUGAUCGAACAUAUAUCAAUCUCCUGUAUUCGAUGUCCACGAGGACCAUAUGGACCACCUGGGAAAAAUGGUUCAAUAGGAUUGCCGGGAAUCAAUGGAUGGGAUGGUGUAGCAGGUGAUCCUGGCCGAAGUGGACCACCGGGUUUGCCAGGUUUGGAAGGAGAUCCCGGAGAAAAAGGACUUGACGGGCAACGCGGAUGGCCUGGAUACCCUGGACGAAAUGCAGUUACUGGACGAAGUAACCGAGGACCACAAGGGCCCGAAGGUUUAAGUGGCGAGCGUGGAGAGCCUGGAGUCCAUGGUGACCACGGUGCCAUUGGUCGACCUGGAGCCACAGGGCUAGUAGGAUAUCACGGGAAACAAGGCAUGCCUGGUGUAGAUGGGACCCCUGGGAUACGAGGACAACCUGGAGCUCCG